CACGUGGCCUCCGCCGACCGGCCCGCCAGUAUCGGCCAAAUCUCGAUCCUUCUUCCUUCCUCUCUGACGACGGAGGCGGACGGCCACAGAGCUCGCAGCUACUGUGCCGAUGGCCCCCGCCGCCAUUAAUUCCGCAGCUAAUGCCAGGCCCAGGUGCAUGAAUUCCACCCAGUCCCACCAUUCCAAUUCGCAAUUUUCUUCGUAUUAUAUUGGCAUCAACUGCAAUCUACCAUCUGGGUCCUUUCCAUUCUGAGUUAGUGGGUGGUGGUAGGUGUUGGAAUUUACGUUGCUGUUCAUGCUAUGGACAAUCGAUUAUUUAAUCGAUUAGAGGAAUUCCCCAAUCGAUUAAAAAACUACAACGAGUUUUAAAGCAAACAAAAAAAGAUGUCGCUACUGUUUGUUUGCAAUGCUAUUUACUACUUUCUACAUCUACUGCUGCAGUACUAAUUGGCCACUAGAGAGUCGAGGGAGAUGCUCUGGCUUUCCCCUGAAAGAUCCGGCAGUGAAAGAUCUGUCCUUUUUUGGUGGGUUUUUUUUUUUUUUACAGCCCAUGUGAAUCAAUAACAUGCGCACAACCUGUUUGAAUUAUUGCCUGACAGAAGGGAAGUGACCCUUCAAUUUGGGUUUUCAUGUACUUCACCGUGAUUUCGUUUUCUCUAGUUUUGUCGUUAGUCCGAUUUGUGCCCUUGCAGUCAAAAUAGCUGUCUAGAAUGUAUAUACAUUUGCGGGGUAUAUUUUAUUUGACCAAUGUCUGAGUUGCUUGUUAUAAAUUGAACAAGGCUGGCUCUUCCCUACACAAUCUGAGAGAACUUGGAAGAAGAAGAAGACGAGCAAGGAGUAAGAAGAGUCCUAGUUGCUCUUUGGUUCUCCUUUUCGUUGCUGGUCUUCUCAUCAGUAACUUGUCGUCUUUUGUCUUUCCAAGUUAUGUGGCGUAGUUUGGUUUGCUGGCUCCCGAGAUCAUCAUUAUAUUAUUAUCAUUGGGCUUGAGGUAAGGUUGUAACUUUCCUCUCAAGUUGGCCUCUCCAUGUUGAUGACGUUUGUAGUGAUGAUUUGAUGGGCGGGGAGGUGUGGGCCCGACUUGGCUGCUAUCAGAUGUGUUUAUGACUGAUCAGCAUCUUCUUCUGCUCCCUACUUCUAUUGCCAUCACAAUUCACAAUCUUUAUCAUGACUGCAAACUGAAAGAGACUGAUAACAAUCGAUGAGUUGUUCUAUCUGGCUAUCUUCAUCUGAUAGUAAUACUACACUGUGAUCAUCAGUUCCUCCCUUCCAACAUCCACAUUACAGUCUCUUCUAUAUAUUCUUGCUGUUAUUAUGAUAAGACAAAGUGGGAAAUUUUGAUUGUUCCUUGUGAUCAGUUGUCAUUAGUCACCAGGCAUAUUCCUCUCAUCAUAAUAACCGCAAAAUUGUCAUUGCAUCAGAUUCUCUGUUGUUGUCCUUUGCUCCUAUUGAUUCCUUUCAUAUUCCUUAGUAGUGGGGGAUGCAUAUACAUAUGCUACGGUCAUAGUUGUGGAGGAGAUUGAGAUAGUUGGGUGCAAAGAGAAAAGUGGAGCUUGUUCCACUGCUGGGAGAGGCUGAUCUUCUCUACUGCUAAGGAAGAAAAGGGAUGGCAGCAGCAGCAGAAGAAGAGUAUACAGUUCCACUGUUGAAGAAGCCACAGUAUUAUGAGAAUUGUCCAGGUUGCAAGGUUGAUGAACAGAAAGAGUUGAAGAGAGGAUUGCCCAUCCGGGAGUUCCUUUCAAUUUGGACUGUUGUUCUUUGCACAGCUCUCCCGAUAUCAUCUCUCUUUCCAUAUCUCUAUUUCAUGAUUAGGGACUUCAAUGUUGCAGAAAAAGAAGAAGACAUCGGUUACUAUGCUGGUUAUGUUGGAUCCUCAUUUAUGUUUGGCAGAGCUUUGACUUCUGUUCUCUGGGGAAUGGUGGCUGAUCGCUACGGUAGAAAGCCUGUUAUACUCUUUGGGACUUCAUCAGUGGUUAUUUUGAACACUAUCUUCGGACUCAGUGUAAACUUUUGGAUGGCUGUUAUCACAAGAUUCCUACUCGGGUGCUUGAAUGGUUUACUUGGUCCAAUAAAGGCAUAUGCAAUUGAAAUUUUCAGACAUGAACAUCAAGCCUUGGGUUUGUCAACGAUCACCACAGCGUGGGGUAUAGGAUUGAUUAUUGGUCCAGCUCUAGGAGGUUUCCUGGCCCAGCCAGCUGAGAAAUAUCCAGCUCUGUUCUCCAAGGAUUCUUUAUUUGGGAGGUUGGUGAAUUGCUUGGCUUUCCUUUUGAGAUUUCCCUACUUCUUGCCUUCUCUGGCUAUAUCAAUUAUUGCUGUUGGAGUAACGAUUGCUUCUUUCUGGCUCCCGGAAACAUUGCAUAACCAUAAGGAAAAGAGGGCAGCAUCCGACGACUCCUAUGAUGCUUUGGAGACUGCAUCUGGUGAUGGUGGGUUGAAGGAAGACGAUGGGAACACAGUAGCGAUUACCGAACUGAAGAAGCAACCAGCAAGCCUUCUUAGAAAUUGGCCUCUGAUGUCAUCUAUCAUGGUCUACUGCAUCUUCUCACUUCAUGAUAUGGCUUAUACAGAGAUAUUUUCGUUAUGGGCAGUGAGCCCCAGAAAGCUCGGCGGACUUGGAUACUCGACGCAGAAUGUUGGUGAAAUUCUGGCAGUGUCAGGCUUUGGACUGCUUGUGUUCCAACUCGCGCUAUAUCCAUAUGCGGAGAGGCUUCUCGGACCUGUAAUGGUGAGCCGCCUUGCUGGGUUCUUAUCCAUUCCAUUGUUGGCAAGUUACCCUUUUCUGUCGAAAUUGUCGGGCUUCAGUCUGGGUGUGCUGAUAAACUGCGCAUCUGUAUUGAAGAAUCUCCUAUCCGUAUCAAUUGUCACCGGCUUGUUCAUGCUGCAAAACAAUGCAGUGGAGCAGCACCAGAGAGGAGCUGCGAAUGGGAUAGCAAUGACAGCAAUGUCUCUGUUUAAAGCAGCUGGUCCUGCUGGUGGGGGUUCUCUGUUUUCUUGGGCUGAAACGCGUCAGGAUGCAGCCUUCCUUCCAGGUAACCAAAUGGUAUUCUUCGUGCUGAACGUGGUGCUGGCAAUUGGGGUGGUGUUCACUUUCAAGCCAUUCUUAGCCCAGCCCCGAGGUCGAACAGCAGCAACACAAUGA